AUGGAUAAGGAGGUAAGUGAUUUCAUUUCGGGGGGAUAUUUAAGAUAAUGUUGCUCCGUAAUAUUUUUUUGCUUCAUAAUAUUAUUCAUAAGAGUGACAGGGAGGAAGCAGGCAGGCAGGCAGUUCCCCUUUUUCUGUUACUGACAAGUGAAGGGGAUGAUUAACGAGAGUUGUAGACAAUGUACUAGUAAUAGAGAGAGGGGGGCCCAUAGAAGUUAAACAAAAGUGCCUUCAAGAAUUUAGAGUAUUCCCAGGGAUCUAUAGUAGAACCUCAUUGUGCCUGUCUACUGUUUCUAUUUUUGAUUAGAUUUAUAAACACAGCACCACAUAUUUUCAUGUGGCUUUGUAGCCCAGGGGCAGAACGAGAUUGACUGCACUGAAACUGUGAGGCUUGUGAAUUUCGGGCAAGGGACGGAGUGAAAUAAGUAGUGUAAUUGUUUUUGUGGAGUGACCGUGGGACCUCCUCUGUUCUGAAUUACACAUGGUUCAACCCUUUGACCUAACCAACCUCGGCAAAGCCUGGUAGAUCUCCUAAAGCUGUGCUGAAAGGUCCUAUCAGUGACAUGUUGGAACAUUAUCUGUCAUGCGAGAUGUGUGCCAACAACCAUAUUAAACUACAUUAAUUACUACCGAGGCCCACAUUUGUGACAGUCUCAACUUCGCUUACCCCCAUCGUCAUGUUGCUUAUUGUUCAAAAAGGACGUACAAAUGGGCCGUUUGUUGAAUCGGAAUACGGCGACAGUGUUUUAUUUUAAAUUGCACUUUUGGAGAACAUUCAUAUUGGUUGUGCCCUUGUUCUUUUACACCAGUGAUGAUUUUUGUGAUGGGGUGGGGGAGGGGGAAGAAAAAUGUCAGUAAUAGGUUAAAGAACUCUCAGGAUAAGAACAGCAGUAGCAUAGAAAGAGUUACAUAUUCUAUUGCUUGCAUUUUUUGUGCAUCAGAAGUUUGGUGUGUUUUUUUAAGUGAGAAAAUGGUAUAAUAAUUUUACAAUGAACAUGCUAAUUCAUUAUGACUGUUUCUUUAAAAGUUUUUUUAUGCCAGUUUCCUUAGAACACAGUGUCAAGAACUCAGUUUAAUUACUUAGAAUAUUCAUUGUGUCUGAUAAUUUCUAUACGUACGUGAAUGUGUGUACUCACAUCCUAGCAGGGCAAUGCAUUAAAGAUAUCCAGCGUAAGUAUAUAAGGUGAAAACCUUAGCUUGAAAUAGGUUUAAUUUGGACAAGUAAUUUUAUGAUGAAGCUUAAUUGUUUAACACUACACUGUAUACAGGAAUGUAUAGGUCAGCUAAAUCUAGGCAUAUAUGUAUUAUAUUCUGUGCUAUGGGACCACAAACAUUUUUUUAAAAGGAUUUAGCUGUGGCUCUUUUGUCAUAUAAACUUUUUUUUAACAAAACUGAUGUUGCCUUUUAUUUUCCGCUUGGGAUGGUGCUAGCAAGUCAGCUGCAAAAAAGAAAACAGCAAAACUACAUUUGACCCCACCAAGUGUCAUGCUCAUUAGCAGUAAACCGUUUGCUCUUCUUAAAGCAGGCAGGUGCAAAUUGCAAGCUGUUUCACUCUGGCUGUUAUUCCUUAAAUAGAUGGAGUAAUAAGGCGAGGAUUGGCAGGUUGGUGGGAGGUUCUGUCCCCACCUGCAUACAGGAAAGUUUUAAUACUGUUGGACCAGGAAAAUGCAGGAAUUAAAAUACAGCAGUUGAUGUACCAAUACAAUUGAGCUGGUUUAACAGAAGGGAUAUGCGCGGCGUUGUAAGAUAUUGUCCAUAUUUAUCUAGGGUGAGUUCUGGAAGCAGAGCUCUGUUUUAUGUUUAAAGGCGAAUGCUCUCACUGAAGUGAAUGAAAACAGAAGCCAACAUACCUGUUCCUGUUUACCAUCAUUACACUCCUUAGAGCAUUUCAGGCACUAUUAAGUUCCUGGAAUCCUACCAGAUUGACAAUAUAUUUUCCAGCUACCACAACUCUUUUGGCUGUAUUCAGACAAGAUCCCAAAGGCGAGGAAGACUGUGGGGCCGGGGGAGGAGGAGGAGGAGGGAGUCCACGGAUGAAUCUGCUGAGCUAGUUUGCUGAUGCUUCAAACAGUUGUUCAUUUUAAGGACACCUCAUUUAAUUUCAUGGAAGAGACACAGCAUGCCAGCCUGUGUCUCAAUCUAAGGUAUGCAUUUCCUAAAAGGAACUAAAACUCUGUCAUUCCAAAGGCACUCUUCUUUUUGACUCCUAGCCUGCAUAGGGACUGCUGUCUGGAAGUGGUAACUUUAACUUUAACUCUAAGCCUGCUGAUGAGGUCUGUCUGUAUGAUCUUCGCCAAGCAGAUAAGGGUAGGGAGACAGCUCAGAGCACAGCUUGUUUACAGCGGGACAGGAGAAAACAGCAAGACACAAAUGUGGGCUGACGUUUUCAUGAAGCACAAUGGGUUGAUCACAGAUUCAAUCUGACUGCCCUGAACUGAGCGAUGAUCCGUACAGUAUGCAAAAUUCACUUUCUGGCUGGUCUGUGCCCACCAGCUUCGCAGCAGCUUUUGCAGAACCCCUGAGCCAUGGCUUUGAGUGGAACCAGAACUGAACACGGCUUUGUUGUACCCAAUUCCUUCUGACAACAAUCACAUUCUUUUAAAAACUUCAUAGGUUUUAGUUGUCACUGGUUAUAAAUGAGGAUUGUUGUUGUUGUUGCUGCUGCUGCUGCAGCUGCAGCUGCAAUACUGGCUGUGUUCGCACAUAGACAUUAUUACCGUGUUCCAGAAUCAGUUUUACGAAAGCAUUCCAUUCGUUUCAGUGACACAAGAUCCCCAACAGAAAUAACAUUGGGUUGCUUUCUUUGCUGAUUAAACUGUGCAGAGACGGCCUCGUCCUUCGAAAGGAUUUCUCUCUCCUUUUUAAAAAACAAUUUCUAAGUCAUCAUCACAUUCAACUUAUGAGUAUUUAACACAGUGAGUGGGAAAGAUGUCAGAGUGUCCCCUUAAAAAUAUGCGCUGUUAAUUUAAGGAGGGAGAAAAUGGAAAUCAUCAUUACAUUUAAAAAAGACUUGAAAAGCGUCAUACAGCUACAUUAGACCUAUAAGACCCAGAGAAAUGGGUCACUGAGUCAACAUCCUCUCUGCAGCAAGCACAUGCACGUGUUUUUGUGUGUGCUUUUUUAAAGGAUAAUUUUUUUAAUUGUUGAAUCAAAUUGCUGGGAGGGGGCAAGAGUAAUAUCAAGCCCUCUGCUUCUCCUGCCACCAUAUUUCUCUUCCUUCUUCCCACCAGAUGUAAAAUCCACAGUAUACUACAAGCAAAGAGCAGAAGAAAACAAAAGUGUUCCACACCAAACAGAUAGUUUCAGGUGAUUCAGUCAGCAGUGCAAAUUUAAAAAAAGGAAAGCGUGGGAAGAUUUCACCAAAUAUUCUUGAAGGUGGGAUGAAAUUCUGAAAUAGAACUCCCUGCAACUUUAAUUUAGAUUUCUUCAACAUGAACACUGCCACCAAUUCCCUUGGAAUGCCAUUAAAUCUUCCUAGUAGCUUACAGAAUUGGCUUAGGUUUGAGAUUGACACGAACACCGAGGAUCAAACCAACUGUUAACUAAGAUUGCUUGUUAAGGAGAUAUUUUGUACAUAAGGAAAUGCUGAUAUGUACAUUGGGGUCUUAGAUAGAUAGACGGACAGAUAAUUUAUUACGGUCAAAGACCAUCUCGCAUUGGGAUCUUAAGUGUGCUUGAUUAGCCCUUCCAAAGACUCAAGAGAUACUGUUGCAGACACCAGGUUCCAAGUGGCUUUUGCAACAAGCUGUAUCCCAAAUCCACUCAUUACCUAGUCCAGCCAUUGGAUACAUUCUGCCUCUGCCACACAAGCUCAACUGGUUAUAUUUCUAGAUGCUUGGAUAGUUCAGUUGAUUUUUAAAACCUGCUUAUCUAACCUCCUUCUGGCAAGACCUUUGCACAGAACCUUUGCACACAAUCACUGGCUCUUUUCUUUCGAGCUUCACCAGCUAAGUACUUUUUUUUUUGUUUUUUUAUAAAAUUAUUGUUACAAAAUUGUACACACAUAGAUGAUAAAAUAUGACAUGACUAACAAAAAAUGGGUCACUAGGGGUGUAGAAAAGUACCAAACAUAUUAUUUCAUAGUACAUAACGGUGAGGUGGUUACAGUAAACCAGUAAAAUGAAUUCUUCAAUAAAUCAACUUGGAAAACAGAGUAAUAAGAGAGAGCCAAUGAGUAGCGCCUGCUUUUCUACACCACAUUGCAAUAUUUGUUGUAUUCCUCAUCCAUGUGUUGUUACAUUUGUAUAUUUAAUAAAAACAUACCAUACAGUGUAAAAAAAAUCUUUUCCCCCCUUUUCCCUUGCCAUCUUCAAUUUUUGCGACAGCUUUCCCCUUAUGGCCGUUUACCAGAAUAUAUUAUACCAGUGAUCCAUAUUCAUUAACCACAAGGUUUUUCCAAGCUCUGGCCAUUACCUUUCUAGCUGCUGUUAAUGAAUAUGUUAUUAAUUCCUUACUUCUUAAUUGGUCCAUGUCUGAAGUAUAUAAAUUAAGGCUAACCCCAGAGUUUUGGGGAUUGUCCGAGCUGUAAUCUGAGAUACCUCUUUAAAAACUUCCUUCCAAAAUUGUUCAACUUGAAGACAUUCCCACCACAUAUGUUGGUAUGUACCUAUAAUUUGGCAUCCUCUCCAACAUAACAGAGAGCUUUUGGGUUUUCUAUAAGAUAAGCACCUUGGUGCUAAAUACCACUCCUGCACAAUUUUUAGUAAACAAUUCCUAGUAGUUGCUGAGAUUUAUAUGGUGCUUUUGUCCAUACAUUGUUCCAUUUAUCCUCUUCAAUGUUUAUAUCCCAGUUUAAUUCGUACCAGCUUUUUAUAUGACAGUCUGGGGGCUAAAACUUUUGUCUAUUUUCCCCCAUGAUCUAGUGCCCCACCAAGCUCAUUCUGCCCUCGGCAGCCCCCACCUGCCUCCCUUCUUUCUUAUAUCCAGUUUAAAGGAUGGCACUGGCUGCCAGCAAAUGGAGCUAAGCUAGUUGGCUCUGCCUUUCAUUUGUUGUAGCGCCAUCUACUGUUGGUCUUCCAGCCUUCUUCCCUACCAGUCACAAUCAGCACCAGCCCCUGUUAAUCCUGCUCCUCCAGUGCCUGAGGCCUAUUCCAUUGUCCCAGCAGCAGCUAUUAAUUCCUUUUAAAACAACAACAACCCAGAUACCUUAUUUAUGUGUCUCCUACAUGGCACUGAAUUUGUCUCUUCCUGGUUGCUUCACCUCUGGAGAACGUCUCAGCCUUUGAGGAAGCUCAAAUGCCAAUGAUAUUUAAAAGUCUCAUGCUGUAAAUCUAGGCUAAUGUUCAGUGUGAUAUGUAAGGCAUUAAGAAUGCAAGUCAAGUAUCAGUAUUAGUUAAUUGUAUUUGAAUAGUUCUUUAUGACAGAUCAUAACUGUGAAAUGCAAUGAAACAGAGUCUAUUUGUAUAAAAAUUAGCAGUAUCCUGAACUUUUAUUUUUUUAAAGCAGGGAUUUAAAGCCAUGUAAACAAAAUUUGGCAACUGAAGCUGAUUUAAGACAUUAAAUGCCACAAGGUUAAUGACACCCCCAAAGCAUUUGGAAAUAUUAAUCUUUCUUUUUCUCUUUCUUUCUUUCUUUCUUUCUUUCUUUUUUUGGAAUGACUAAAAUAAUCAGAGAAGCCAACUAUUUUUCUCUGUCUCUUAUUUGCUUUAUUGAAUACUUAUUUAGUGUUCAUUAAAGAAAAUGUAUGUCUUAACCUGCCUGUACUAUAAUUUACUAUCACUUGGAUUAUAGUUUAAUUAUUUUGACAGAGUAUUAUUUGUGACUAUGACAUACAUCAUUUUAUGCUUUCUCUCUCUACCAUUCAGAGAGAAAGACAGAAAAUGAUAAAUGAUAAUAAAUAUUUUAAUUGUUCCAUUCAUGGCGGCAAUUUUGAGGAUGCAUAGGAUGUCAUUUUGUCACAAUCUGGCAUUGAAAAAUAAGCACUGCACUGAAAAGUAUAAUAGCCCUAGCAGUUUGUGAGUUUAACUUUUCUAUUUAGUUACAAACAUCAUACAAUUUAUUCUGGAGUGAACUCAUGAAAUUUGUAAUGUGUCUGUGGAGUGGACAGUUUGCAAAGCCUGUCUACAUAAAAUAGAUCAUUGGUGGGGAGAUGGAGGGGAAGGGUCUGUUGGCAGCUCUUGGGUAAGAAAACCUCCAUGGAUCCUCUUUCCUGAAUGUGCCACCCUCUACCUUACUGCUGUUGAUGCUGCCCAUUUGUUUUCUCUCUUCCUCUUGUCCCAAGCUGCCCAGAAAAUGAGGGCAGGGAGCUCUUAGCUGCUGCCUGACAGGGGCAGGAGUCAGGAGCAUGUCAACAAUAAAUCACAUGAGUAAGUGAAGUUAACUCUUUAUUAGAAGAAACAAGGGCUGCUCAGAUCUAAUGGGCAUAGCAACUCUUCUCAGUUGAUCUUGCUUCUAUGAGCCAGUUGUGGAGACUAAAUGUUCCUCUCUUCUCACAGCUGCCCAAGUCUCCUCCCCCAGGUACUUCCUAAGCAAUCUGAGACUGGACCGGUGCACUUGUCUAUGUUCCUCCUUCUUCAUACCACUUCUGGUUCUGGGAGACCAGUAGGAAGGGGAGCUUGUCGCAGCAGGAGGGGGAGAUGCCCUGGCUUCUUCAUUUGCUUGACACAUCUUUGCUUCUUGCCCCUCCCCCUGCUUCCGCUUCCGCUUCUGAUUCUGAUUCUGGACUUCUCUGCCAUGGAAUCUUCCUGCUCACUAAACCCUGUUAUCUCUUUAGCUUCCAACACUUCCUUCUCAGUCUUCUCUCUCUUCUGCCUCUGACCACUCAUUGUCAUCCCACCGCCAAUCCCUGGGCUCUGAGCCUUCUUCCCUUGGGUGUUCCCCAGCUGUAGCCUCCCACCAUCCCGCUGCGUCCAACCAGUCCAUGACAUCGCCCCUCCAUCUCCUUGCUCCCAUCUAGCAAAGAUGGCAGGGAAGCAAGCAACAUCAGCAAGGAGCAGGAAGAAGACCAGGGAGCUCAUUGGGCUGACAGUGGACUCUCUGUUGAGACAUGGGUCUUGGCAGGUGCCUGAAGCUGCCCACCCCUGAUGCUGGCCUUUAGUUUGUUGGAUAAAUAUGAAAUUUCCAACUUGCUACCAUCUAUGAUUGCCACCUUUAAGCUAGUAAAUUAUCCAUGCAGCUCAGUGAAUCAAGAUAAGGAGGACCAAUGGAAUCUCUUUGCACCUUCCUUCUUUCCUUAUAAGGUACUAGCAGCUUUGUACUCAGUAUUGCUCAAGAAGUCUAAGAAAUAGAGAAUCAGUGCAGUUUUGAAAGGCUCAUUCCACCAUCGAAAUUAUUCGAAAUGGGGAUGAUGGGGCUUGUACUGUGGCCAACAUAUUUUCCAGCUGAUGGAGAAGUUUGAGAUGACUCCUGUGUCUGACAGAAUCUCUCAGCUCCCACCUUGGGGAGAGGAAGAUGGCAUAGAAGAGGACUGGGUGAGCAAGAGAUUCGAGACACCUCACUCCUGCUUUCAGCUCACCACUAGUUGGAACGCACAUUCUCUGCUCACUACACAAAUGCCUUAAAAUGCAGCGAACAUGUGUCCAAACCACUUCCAGCGCUCUAUAGAAUUGAUGACAAUUUUUGCUCUGAGUGUUGACCUGCUACUGCCAUUCUGAACACCUAUAAAGCCCUUCAUAAUGUUCAAAAUGAAUCACAUACAUUACCCCAGCAAUCUGUGCAAGAACUCUAUAAGAUAGGCCAGUAACAUUAUCCCUAUAUUUUCAGGUUGAGACAUGGUGGCUGGCUGAAAGUUCUCAAGUGAAUUCUUUGGUUCAGGACUAUUCUUCAGGGUAGCCCACUUUUGUACUCACAUACUUAUUAUUUAGACAGUUUUGCACGCAUACGUUUGCCCCAGCUUUUGAAACUUUGUCCUGAAACAAUUUAAGUUUGUGUAUUUAAUGCAUGAUUUAAGAUGAAGCUAGCUUUUGGGCUCCAAGUACUAGUGAUGACAGCAAGCCCAUUUGCUUAAACUCAGAUUUUCCUCCAGUCAUAUAUUAAGCAGAGGUGGGGGUACACUCUUGAGAGCAAAAAUGAUACAGAGGUGAAUGUUCCUGCACCCCCUGCCCUUGGGAUUGCAUGUGUGUAUUGAAUAGUCCCUAGACAGAUGGGUGACUAUAAAUGAUGAAAGCCAAACAAACUCAUCCAUCCUCACAGCUUCUCUCUAAGACACUUUCCUUCCAGCUGGGCUCACUUUUGAUAGUGGAGAGCAGCAGGGCUGGUGGUUGAGAAAGAGAAAUGGCAUUAAGGGAUACACUGUGCAGAAGUCAGCCACGAGCAGAGGGAGGCUUGCCCAUUCUCAUCUGCACACCGUUUUAUAUGCCAUUGGAGCUGCUUCUAAGUACAGUUUGAGCAUUUGCAAUAAAUCUGGUUCUCUAGAUAAGUCUUGUCCUCUGGUUUUUCAUUGUUUGGGGUAAAGUAUCCAAAAAACCAGCAUUUUGGGUGCUUUUUCUUUUGCUAAUUUUUACAAACACUGUGAGGACACAAGUGAUAACCAUCUUUGGCACUGGCAACAGGAAUCUGAAGAAAUAAAAAUGCAUUUACCAUUAUAAACAACAGUUGAUGCUGUUUCCCCCCUAUACCCAGUUCAGUUCACCGAAUAGUGAAUCCAAGGUCAAGUUUUCCUUUGAUGAAGAGUCUUUGUCUUAAUUAUAAUACAAAAUAAUACAAAAGGAAGUAUUUUAAUGUGACCUUCAUUUGGCAUUUGUCUUAACUUUCCUUCUCCUGUUUUUAUUUAAUUCUUCCACUCUGUUGUUCAAUUAGUGUUUGACCCCUUAGCGGAGAUGUAAAUUAAAUGACAUUUCAAUGCCAUCCCAUAUUUAAAAUACUGUGUUAGUUGUGGAUCAUAAAGGGUAAUCUUCGUUCUUAAGCUAAUUUAUUCAUUUAACAAUUUCCCUCCAGAAGUUCCAGCAGAAGGCUCUGAAACAAACUAAGCAGAAGAAAUCCAAGUCGGCUGAAUUUCUGAUGGGUGAGCCUUGCUUGAUGAGUUAUUGCUCAUAAUUUGUGUAAGGAUUAAUUAACUAAUUACAGACAAAUGGCUGUGGGCAAAAUUUUGCUCUUGCUUGUCAGGGUGCAAUUUGUAAUUAUUUUAAUCAUUUAUUCUCUCCCCCCCUCCUUUUUAUAUAAAGAGUUAAUUUUAACCUAAUUCUGUUUUGGUGCCGUUUGAUGCUGAUAACUCUCAAGUCUUUCAGUAAAAGGAAUUAUUAGAAGGAAUUUUCUGCUUGUCACUGUUUUGGGCGCUCCUCUGACCUUGCUGCUUCUCCCCCCCCCCUUGCUUCCCAAUAGGAAAAGACGGGAGAGUUGCAGCAGAAGGCAUUGCAAAUCCAGCUUUUAACAUCAGCAGCACAGAUCUUUCAGCAUAUCAGGCUUCAGAGGAGGAAGUUAUUAGACGUGACAAGCCGGGUAGCACCCUUGCAGCUCACCAACAAAAACUCAGGCUGCAAGCCCAAGCUGAACCAAGAGGUGAGCUUUCACUCUUGAUCACCAUCAGAUUGAGUGACAGUGGUUAUGCUCUUGAUCUAACCUGUGCAUUCCAUGGUGUAUAUGAGACAUUCCAUCCUGAUGCGUUCCAAUAGAAACCUGGGAUGCUAAAACUGGGAGGGCAAAAUGAUUGCUGAAAACAUCUGACAUAUACACGUUUGAAGAUCUUUCUUCCCUCUCCUCCUUUUAUAUUCACAUCCUGUUCAUAAUUAUUAGGGAAAUGCAUGGUGAUCAGUGCCAGAAUAAGCUUCAUUGAAAAGUGCCCUCUUCUGUCUUGCCUUAAUAUUUAUGUUGCGUUAAAACUAAGACAGCACUGAAUUCAAGAAUGCUGGCUCCAAGAUUAGAGGGAAGGCUUUUUCAUUAGGCAACAACCACGUAUAAUCCUUUCCCAGCUAUCACCUGAAUGCUGUCUGUCAACCAAUAUUUCCCCCUUAAUUUAUUCUGUUCUUUUUACCUGUGUGUCUACAAAAGCUUAUCACCUCUCAUCUACUAUAGUAAUAGAAAGCCCAUAAUCUUUUUUUCAAUUACAGUCAUACCUCGUGUUAUGUUUGCUUCAUGUUGUGGCUUUUCAGGUUACGAACACGGCAAAGCUGGAAGGGUUUACUUCCGGGUUUGCCGUGCGCGUGCAUGCAGAAGCAAUCGGCGCACUAUGCGCAGAAGCACUCUAUCGUGCUUUGCACAUGUGCACUAGUGGCGCUCUACUUAUGGACUUUUCAGGGUGGGAUCACAUCCGAAGGUAGAGGUACCACUGUAUAGUUUACUAAGUUUCAAUAUUUUUAACAUAUACAAUCAAAACACCGUUUCGUCAUUUCUCUUAUUUUUAUCAACUUCCCACCCCAUUUUCCAUGGAGUUUUUGCUUCUCCCCUUCUGCUGCAUUCUUAUCUAUUAAAUCAUAACCACAGUGUUAUAAUCCAAGAAAGCCAACAAUCUUUUUUUGUUGUGACAACAGUGACUUCUCCUUUAGUAUGAGGCCCUUGCAUUUAAGUUUCCAAGUUUCAUGCUUAGCAUUGUCCUACCUCUGUAAUUUCGGCUUGCCAUACGUCAGGAAAAUUCCUGACAUGUCCUGGUUCCUAGGUGUAAAAAUGGCGUCAUGGGGGAAUUUUGCUGGAACGGCAAUAUGUCAGGGAAAACCCAGAUGUAUGGCAAUGCAAGGAAAAAGCAGCGGAAACAGCUCAAAAACCUUAAAAUCACUAUUUUGGGGGUAGGUUUCUCCCCCAAAAGCUCAGCAUUUUGUGUUUUUUCCUAAAAAAAAACCUCAACAACUUUGCGGGUGUCAGGAAUUUUACUUUUUGAAAUAAGGCAACCCUACUGUUAUUGCCAUAUUGUUUGCUUGUUCAUUUCUUUAGUCUUACCUUCUUCUGUUAAAGAACAGCUUGCAUAGGGUUCACAGGUGGUCUCCAUCCUGGUACUGAUCGAACCCAGACCCACUUAGCAGCAGCACAGUGGCUGGGUCACCUGCCCUUAGGCCAAGGGUGGGAAACCUGUGGCCGCCCAGGUGUUGCUGGACUUCAUUUCCCAUCAUCCCUAGUCAGCAGGCCAUCUGUCAAAGCUGAUGGGAGUCCAACCAGACCCAGAGGGCCACGAGUUUCCCCUAUCUCUGCUUCCAGCCAUGCUCUGAAUUUCAGCAUGCCUGAUGAGAUUUGUGAAUUAAUAUGUCCAUUUCAUAGGGAGAACCACCUGGAAAAAGUUGCAUAAUAGCAUUGAAUUGACAGGUACUAUAUUCCACCCCACCUCCUGCACGUUUCCUGAUUUGACUUGCAUUCUAAGAAUUAAUUUGUUUCGAAAUGAUGUAUUUUUAAAACUAGAAAAAUUCCCAUGGAGAAGCAGAGCACUAGAAAUUGUUAGUUUAUCCAGUUCUGCAUAGUCCAUUAAUUUCUUGAAAGACCUACAUUGGCUCCCAGUACGUUUCCGAGCACAAUUCAAAGUGUUGGUGCUGACCUUUAAAGCCCUAAACGGCCUCGGUCCAGUAUACCUGAAGGAGCGUCUCCACCCCCAUUGUUAUGCCCGGACGCUGAGGUCCAGCGCCGAGGGCCUUCUGGCGGUUCCCUCAUUGCGAGAAGCAAAGCUACAGGGAACCAGGCAGAGGGCCUUCUCGGUAGUGGCGUCCACCCUGUGGAAUGCCCUUCCAGCAGAUGUCAAAGCGAUAAACAACUACCUGACAUUCAGAAGACAUCUUAAGGCAGCCCUGUUCAGGGAAGUUUUUAACGUGUGAUAUUUUACUGUAUUUUUGGUUUCUAUGGAACCCGCCCAGAGUGGCUGGGGAGGCCCAGCCAGAUGGGCGGGGUAUAAAUAAUAAAUUAUUAUUAUUAUUAUUAUUAUUAUUAUUAUUAUUAUUAUUUCAUCCUCCAUUCUUCAAUCGUCGGUAACUCUUCUUGCUUCCAUUUUUGGGCCAAUAAUAUUCUUGCUACUGUUAUUGCAUAUAAAAAGAGCUUACAUUCCUUGCUAUUUAUAUCACUCCCUACAAUGCCUAGUAAAAAUGUUUCUGGUUUCUUUACAAAUGUAUAUUUCAACAUUUUUUAAUCUCAUUAUAUAUCAUCUCCCAGAAGUUUUUCACCUCUUUACAUUCCCACCACAUAUGGUAAAAUGUUCCCUCUUUUUCUUUACAUUUCCAACAUUUAUUAUACAGGUACUAUAUUCUACCCCACCUCCCUCACGUUUUGAUUUGACUUGCAUUCUAAGAAUUAAUUUGUUUUGAAAUGAUGUAUUUUUAAAACUAGAAAAAUUCCCACGUGGAAGCAGAGCACUAGAAAAUGGACAAGUAGACCCAAUGCAAUUUUUGCUUCCGGGAGGAGCAGUGAUUGAGUGAGAGUGGAGGUGAGGUACCAAGUACAUUGCUGGUGCCAAACAUAUUGCUCUGCUUUCCUUUGAACCACAUCAGCGAGGAUGAGAGGGGGAGGAUCUCGUUGUCUGGGCAGCCCAGGACCUCCACACACACUGCCUAGGCCUGGGGCCCGGGCAGGUCACUUUGGUGCUGCUAAUGCAGCAGUUUGUCUUCAGCCCUGGAGGUGCAAUCCAUUGUCUCUCAAGACAGACGGAUGCCAGCAACAAUUCCUGGGGAAGCCUAUGUUCAGUUGUAGUCUUAGCCAUUGCACCUCUAUCAUCUUCUCUGCUGAGUGAGAGAAGCCGUCCCAGUUUCUGAUUUGAUCCCGGAAUGUCCCACUUUCCCUUAGGACAUCCCUAUUUUCAUUGGAGAAAUGUAUGGAAGGGUAUGGAGUUAUCCGACCUCUGAGCUGCCUGAAGGCAAUCCUGUGUAGGGAAGGUUUUUAAAAAAUGUUUUUAUAUAUGUUGGAAGCCGCCCAGAGUGGCUGGGGCAACCCAGUAAGAUGUGUGGAGUAUAAAUAGUAAAAUUAUCGUUAUGGAAUGGGACGUUCCUAUUUUCAUUGGAGAAAUGUUGGAAGGUAUGACAUCCACAGGGAUGUGGGUGGCGCUGUGGGUUAAACCACAGAGCCUAGGACUUGCUGAUCAGAAGGUUGGUGGUUCGAAUCCCCAAAACAGGGUGAGCUCCCGUUGCUCGGUCCCUGCUCCUGCCAACCUAGCAGUUCAAAAGCACGUCAAAGUGCAAGUAGAUAAAUAGGUACCACUCUGGCAGGAAGGUAAAUGGUGUUUCUGUGCGCUGCUCUGGUUUGCCAGAAGCAGCUUAGUCAUGCUGGCCACAUGACCUGGAAGCUGUACGCUGGCUCCCUCGGCCAAUAAAGCGAGAUGAGCGCCGCAACCCCAGAGUCGGCCAUGACUGGAUCUAAUGGUCAGAGGUCCCUUUACCUUUAUCUAUGAUAUCCACACACACCCCAUCAAUAUGAUACUGUGUUACAGUCAGCCCCCCCCCCCCGUCCCCAGUUCUGGCACCUCUCAGGUGGGCACCAUUGCCAUUAUAAGAGAACAAGGGAGGUGUUUGUGGUGAGUUCCGGCACCUCUUUUUCUAGAAAAAUAGCACCGGUUACAGGGAUUCCUUGCCCUUAAGCAUGUCUCAGGUUCUGUCUGGUUCCUUAUGGAUUGAAAUUCCAAUAGUUAAAACGGCUGAAUCGAAACCGCAUUAUUGAAUGGUGCUUAUUAACAGGCUCAGUUCACACCAGCAAGUGUUUUCUGAGCCAUUCAACACACAGCAUUUCCCCAGGAAAGCCAGCAGGUCUCACACUGGCACAAUGCCCUCUGCUGCCUGCAGUAAAAAAGAAUUGCCAACAAAACGACACUGUGCGUGCAGCAUCACAUGUGCAAACAGGAGCAGAUGCAGUCAGUUUUCCAAGGAGAGGAAAGGGAGGGGAGAAGCAGGGAUAGGGAAGGAACGUUCAAACCAUCCUAGACAGACGGGAAUUGAAUCUGCUUAAUGCUCAUGAACAUUAUCCGGGACCUGUCAGCAGUGACAGUUUUAAAGCAGAUCUAAAUGUGGAGAUAGGCACAUAGCACUGAGACAGUACCACUCCCAGUUGCAUCUGGGGAAUAACCUGUCUAAAAGCUGCCUCACACCACGAAAUAUACUCAGAGUUGAGUGUGGAUUUCAUGCUCUUUAUUCAGCUCAUAGUAGUGAGGAAUGAAUGUUCCCCCCAAAAUAUCUGCUUUAUAUACAUUAUUUACACAAUGGGCCGCACGUGAUUGGCUAAUUCCGGGAUUCUCCUGUAGCCAAUCAGGCUGCGGAUUCACUUCCACCUGGAGCUGGAUUGGGUGGCUUCUGUGGACCAAUCAUACUGCUGCAUUGUUCUAGGACCAAUCAGACUGCUGCAUUCUGAAUCCUAUUGUUCUAGGACCAAUCAGACUGCUGCAUUUUGGAUCCUAUUGUUCUAGGACCAAUCAGACUGCUGCCUUUUGUAUCCUAUUCAGCUCAGUACAUAACACACCAGAAUCUGCCUGCAUCUGGAAAACCAGCAGGCCAGGUAAAAGGUGAGGUGCAAAGCCUUCUUCCGCCUGAUACACAAGCCUUCCAAGCAGAGGAAUUAUGAGGCAUUAGGUGCAUUCAACAAAGUGAUUUCCCUCCUUGCACAAAUUCAUUGCUCGAUUCCCAGGUUAUAUGAGGGAAGUCAGUUAGCCUUUGCACACCUACAAACACUGGAUGUUGGGUGCAUAAGCCCUCUCAAAUGUUAUGGCCAUGCAUGGAUGUCCAAUGGGACAGGCAUGCCUAGUGUGCAAGGGGAGCCAACGUGGUGUGGUGCUUAUAGCGUUGGGCUGGGAGACCAGAGUUCAAAUCUCUACUUGGCCAUGAAGGUCACCAGGUGACUUUGGGUCAGUCACUGUCUCUCAGCCUAACCUACCUUGCAGGGAUGUUGUGAGGAUUAAAUAAGGAGGGCCAGAACCAUAUACAUCACCUUGAGCUCCUUGGAGAGAAAGGGGGGAUGUAAAUACAAUAAAUAAGCAAAUAAAUAAAUUGGAUCAAUUGGUAUCUGGAUUGGAAUGUGGUUAUUGUUAUGCUUCUCCCAACACAAUGGAAUGGUCUUCUUCUUCUUCUUCUUCUUCUUCUUCUUCUUCUUCUUCUUCUUCUUCUUCUUCUUCUUCCACUAGAUUUUUAAAUGAGAUAAAAACCACAAUCUGGUUAACUCUUGCAGAACUUAAAUCUUAUAUGCUUAAAACUUGAUGAAUUUCCAUGCACCUACUCCCCUAUGGAAGGAGGAUCUUUGCCAGAUCAGUGUGUGAGCUGAUUGGACUAACUACAGUAAGGCAUCAGUCCUAACCCCACUUACCUGGAGUAAACCCUAUUGAAUUAGGGAUUGCUGGAUUGUCCUGUAAGAUGGAAAGCCGUCUUGGAAAUAUUAUUGAUGAAAGCAACUCCUGCCUUUCAUGGAAAUUGUCUUAAGAAGUUUUCACAGUCUUUCUCGACAGCUUGCUCCAUGCAAACCGAAAAGCUUAGCUUGUUGAUCCUUAGACCUUGUCAAGUAACACCAGAGAAAACUAGCCCUGUUUCAUGUAUUCAGCCAUCAUGUGAGAGGAGAUAGCAUAUCCAAGAAGAAGCAGUUUAUAUAAUUUUUCCUAAAUAAAUCAACUCAGAAGACCAUUAUAAAACUUUUAAGUUUCUUCUCAAUCACAAAGGGUUUUUAACAGAACCCAGAACAAACUGCUUAGGUUUUUUUUAGCACAUUUUAGGUUGAGGCUCUGGUUUUCUUUCUUCCGAGCCAACGAGAAGUACAGGAAGCGCCAAAUAGCUCAGGUCUAAAUCAAAGAAAAUGUUUGCAAGUGUUCCUAAAGCUGCUUCUGUGUAAUGUUAAUGCUGUAUUAGCAUUUAGCUUAACUGCCUGAUUGUAUGUGUUGUGUAAAGAAGCAGAACACAAAUUUCUCAGUGGACCUCUUCAUUUGCAUGUUAUAUGCUUUCGCAUAUUUCCAAAAGCAAGUGAGUAAUUAGUUCCCAAUCUAUUCAUGAAUUCACAUAAUUAGCAAAAUGCUUUUGGUGCUUGCUUAAUAGAGAUGUUAGUGUAUUUAAAAAUUUUAAGGAAACAAACAACAAAUCAAAAUGGCUUCAUUUGCUGAGCCAUUUCUUGGGUUCCAUAGUAUUUCCUUAAAGAAAGUGGACCUUUGGCAAUCAACAUAUAGUUGUUUGUUUGCUUUUUUAAUGUAGGUAUUGAAGCCAAGCCUUUCUAGGAACUGCAUAAAGUGUCUGGUCUGAAAGCUGUCCUCUCUCAACCCAAAUGCAUAUGGUUAUCUCAGCAAGAAGGCAAAGGUGCUUUGCACAUACUCCAAGAGUUUUUCCCCCCUCCACAUGUUGGAGGAGAAAAAGAGGUUCUGGAGCUGAGCAACUAACUGCUCUAAUAAAACCAUCUGACAAACAGUUUAAAGCUUCCCUAAAAUGUGUGGUGCCCAGGAGUCUUCUCAGUCCCUGCCUGAAACACAACCCCAAGUCAUAUACCUAAGUCAUACCUGUGAGGUAUGAGUGUCACCAAAAAUGGCUUUCUCCAUUAUCAAGGCUCCAAGUUUCAAUUGAUAAAAGCAAGCAGUGCUCAUAGGAGCUUCCUAGUUAAAUGGUUGCUUCCCAAGUCAACACCCUCCUGUUCCCCCUUAACACAGUGUUGCUGGUGUUGAUAUAACUAUCCCAAACAUAAACUAAAUCAAUAAACGCUUGGUAAUGCACGCUAAAAUGUAUUCUGCUUUACUUUAUUUCAUUUAUCCCCUUAGACCAAAAGUCUCAUGGUGACUUACACUAAAACAAACACUACAAAUCAAAUGCAACAGAUGUUUUUAAAAUAUAUAUUAUGUCAACAGUAGCUAAAACACUCCAAUGAUCGUAUAAGAAUUCUCAAUAUAUUAAUCAAAUCUAUGUCUGGCUAGCUACCAGAAUAACCAGAAACUGACAUAGGAAGAUGCCUUACUCUGAGUGAGACCCAUUGGUUCAUCUACCUCAGAAUUGUCUACACUGACUGACAGUGGCUCUCCAGGGAGGGAGAGACGGGGAUUGAACUUGCGACCUUCUGUAUGCCAAGCGGAUGUUCUGUCACUGAGCCCAUGACUCAGUAGAAUAAUGCAAGAAGAGUGAUGAAGACUUUCUUUGAAUUUCAGUGAGACAAGACACGAGGUUUGGUCUAAUUUUGCAUUGCAUCUAAUAUCUUGUGAGAAAGCACAUAACUGAUGUUGAGUAUGGAUUCUGCUGCCCAUUGCAUUCCAGUACAACCAGUGAAAUGAUUUAGAAGCCCUUGAAUGUAUAAAUAGACAUACUGCACAUGGAUCUGGUGAGAUGUGCUCAGGAGCAGUUUUCCAGAUGAACAUGUGGUGCUGGAUAAGGAAGAGGAAGUGCAAAAGAAUGGUACUCACAUGGUUCUUGGUGCUGAACAAAGAAACCCAAUGCUAUUGCCUAUAUUUCAUUUUAAUUCAGAUUGUUACUUAAAAAACAACAACACUAUAGGUUAAAAAGCAUACUAUAGUUCAACAUGAUUGGCUGAGGAUGUAUCCUAGGCCUGCUUCUUAUGCAGCAUUUGCAAGUCCAUGUAUAGGGAUGGAGAACUCGUCCAUAGAUAUGCAUUCACCAUUUUCUCUUUUAACACCCAAGCGAAUUAUUCUGCCAACCUCUGAAAAAGAGCAUGUUCUCACAGUGCUUUGUGCUAGAGGAAAACAAUUACACUGAAUAAGGUAGACUAGCUCUGUUAUUGCGGUACAUAAGACUUUGAUUACAUACUGCCAAGAUUCAUACCAGCCUAGUAGUUGUUGACAGAUAAAGUAACAAAAAUGAAACUCAUUUAUUUUUUCUUUAUUGAGACCUCAAGGUAAAGCAAAUUUUCAGGUCUUGUACUUACUGCAUGGAAAGAACAGAGCCUGACAGUCAAAGUGUGCUGGUCCAGAAAUCUAAAUUAAACCUAGUUUCAUAUCAGAGUUUCAUUUAGUCUCUGAAAAGGAGCUGCUGCCUGGAUUACUUUUUUUUUUUAAAAAAAGAUCUAAAACAAAUAUACUGUGGAUUGCUGCAGUAUGCCUUGGAUAUGUUAUCCCUGUCACAUGUUUGAUUCUUGGAAUCCCCCACCCCCUUAAAAAUAUAAUUGCAGUGUGGUGUAUUUUGGGGGCGUUUUCUGCAAAGCAAUGCAUGUAUUCGCGACAACAACACACAAAAAUGUGGUAUUUUAGAGGAAGUUGCUUUGCAUAAAUAUUUAUGAGGCAAAUUUGCUUUACAAACAUUGUGCGUAUAAGGAAAUAUGAACACUAAACUCUUCCAUGAGGAUUUAUUUAUUUACUUAAAGAUUGCAAACUGAUGUGGAAAUGUGGAGAACUGAAUUUAAGAUUGGAAAAAUUAGAAAUGGAGGGCAACCCACGCCAGAUUUGACCAUCCCUGUUCUACAGGAAUGGGGGUUCCUGCAUGGAUGUCAGCACUGAAAGCUGCUAGGAGUUUAGUACAAAUAUGACCUGUCACAAUCCCUUCUUAAUGGCCAGUAUCCCUGUGUACCAGUGGUGGCCCCUCUCCGUGACUGGAUCAGGUGCAGCUCUCCACUUGCGCCACUAAAAACCCCUCUGGGCACAAGGAGCCCUCUUGCAGGACUAGAGCAUGGAAGCCCAUAAAGAGAAUAUUGUGUGCCAGCAGCUGUAUUUCCUUUUAUCAAUUUCAUUAGUUCCUGCAGCACUUUGUAUGGCUAGCUAUGGAAAUUGAAACUGCUAAAUGAGUACUUUUAUUUCAUCGAAACCAUUCUGCGGAUGCUGAGCCCAAGUUAAUACAAUUGCUGUUCAGAUUAAUGAGGCAGCGUUUGCAACAUCUCCUCUGUAAUUAAACACUUCCAUGGCUGGCAAUAGCAUUAAAGAUGCACCAGAUGUUGAAAGCUCAGUGGUGAAACUUAAAACUGUUAAAAUUGAAGGGGGUCACCUGUGAAACACAAUCUCCUUAACAGUCACUUUCAGAGCCCAUCUCAAGAAUAAUUUUGGUUUAGGAUUAGGUUUUAGGUAGCUUGCUUGUUUCUUUCUUUCUUUUUAUCAACCUAUCAUCUACAUUUGAGAAUUUUCUCAUUAGGUUCUGAGCAAAAGUAACAUAAACUGAACUUGUUUCCAAAAUUACCUUUUCUGACCUUUCCCUAGAUGAUAAUUAUGAAACCAGUCAGCUUAGAAGACUUGUUUUUUAAGAAAUCUUAUAAAGUAGUAGCAGAAAUGUCCCUCUUGUGUGCCGGUGUCAAAUUUCAAAAUUAACAUUUUGGUUCAUGUGCUUCUAAUAAUCACUGACCCUUACUUCAUGUACUUUCCACAGGAAAUGAAUGCAGCAGAAAUUACUUUGACCCUCUGAUGGAUGAGGAAAUAAACCCAAGGCAGUGUGGGAUGGAGGUCAGCAAAGAAGGUGAGGUGGAAUUAAGUAUGUAAUUUUUGUGUCAGAAUAUUCUUUCCCAUUCAUGGAAAUGAGGUGACAAAGAUCACAAAUUCGGUUCCAUUUAAAUAUCCAGCUUACAAUUUAAAUUAUAAGUAUUAGCCGCUCUAAAUGUGAUGGAAAGCCUUGGUAGUCUUUGAUGAAGGACAGUGUGUUAGCGGGCAGAUACAAGCAACUCAAUGUGGCCUGGCAUUCUGCUUACAGGUUGUGUUUAAAACUGAGUUUCAUGAGUGCAGGUAUAGAGUGGAAAAACACCCACCUAAGCAUAUGAGUUAAUUAAAAAAUGUUUAAAAUACCCGGUCAAGACUAGCAUAGCAAAUUGUAUAAUUUCUGCAGGCCUGGCUUUGAAUAACGCUACCGCAGAACUAAAUUAUUUUGACUGUGUGGGUUCACAAUCAGGAUUUUGUUGAGAAAAGACAACAAUCAAGUAUUUUCCUAGAUUUUAAAUCUCACGAUGGGGGAUGUUAUGUAGAACAGGUAGAAUAAGUGUCUUAAUUGUUCUCUUUUGGAAAUUUCCUUUUGUAAUCCAGGUUUGGUUAGAUACAUUAAAAUAAAAAUGUGGUCUUUUUUAAAAAAAGACAACCGUGUGAAUGAGAGACAAAUAUGAUCACACAGGGGAAGUACAGGAAAGACACCUAGAAAGCAAGCACAACUUACCGUACAUCAUCUUAAAUUAAACUGGCAUAAAAUACGCCAAAUCCAAACUCCAUUCAGUAGCAGGGAUACUGUCGGCUGAAAUGACCUAAAUCUGCCAGAGGGAAAACAAGCCUUUAGCAUCCUUUUGCCAGUGUAAUUUCAGCUAGGUUGCCAGGUCACAUGACUCAGCAGAAUGGAGUUAGGAUCCAGUAUAAGUCCUGCCCCGACCAAUCACUGACCAAUCACUCCCCAAGAAUCCCCAUUUUCCAGUGUGUGUUCUGCCAUUCCUGUGAUAAGGUAGUUACGCUGGGCUGGGGUUGAGGGCUUAUACUGGUGUAGCCUGGCUGACCUAGGAAACUGCUGGUUGAGCCAAAGAUCUGCCACAUCCUAACUUGUUCAUUCUGGAGGAUCUAGGGUUGGAUUGUACCACUAGAUUGAAUUGCUACCUAUAUGAGGAAAGCCGAAAGAAAAUCUCUUCCCAUUCCAAACUCAAUAACUCACUUCUACGGUCAACCAAACGACACACAAUUAAGAUGGAUAAUGCAAAAAGUGGGUGUGAAACAUAUGGACUUCCAUCAUUGACUGUCUUGUUGGAGGCCCACCCUUGUUAUAGAGGUACUACUUCUUGAUUUCUACCAGUUGCUGCCCUUAUACAAUAGUUUGCAGCAAGAGAUCCUUCCUUCAGCACACCCCAAACUUCCAUGUUGCCAGUCUUCAAAUCCAUCAGUCAAUGAUGUGCCUGUUAACUUAUAUGCAGACACACAAGCACACAGUAUUUCCAUUCCUUGGGCAUAUAAUAAAGGGUGAUGUGAAACAGAAGGAACAAAAUGGCCAGUGUUUCCAAGUUGACAUGCAGAGGCUUAGGCCAAUUUGUUCUUGUGAACAGGUUCCACGUGACCUUUCCUUGCUAUUCCAAGACACAAUUUAAUUAUCAAUUUAAAUCCAGCUGAACCAUAUCUCUACCAGCUUAACAGAGAGCAAGAAAUGCCACCCUAAAGAUGUUCAGAACUUGCCUUUAUAAACCUCCAAAGGCAGGAAUUUCCCUUGUUGUGGUAUACCUCAAGGCCACCACUGUAUGUGCCCUUGAUAUCUGAAUGUGACAGAUGGACCUUUGAAAGCCAUGAUCUUCCUUCGCAGUGAAGCAAGCCAUAUGGUUCAAAGGUCUGCCAGUCUAUCUUGCCAUAAAAUGUGCAAAUACACAGAGACUUAAUACAAUAAACACCCUAAAUCUUCCAGGAAUGUUAUCAAAGACCCAUUCAAAUAUUAUUAACUUUGUGUCCACAGCCUGUUGGAAUGGGAGACUGAACAACGUAAGAUGAAUAUUAAACAUUUCCUUGGGUUGUUAUGUGGAACAGACAAAAGCCCUUAGAAAAGUCCGUCCAAUUUGUUCCUUUUGUUUGACUUAAUAUAUUAGGUCUCCCUGUGUCUCGGGGAGCCAUAGCUAAAUGGCUGUCUUUUUGAAUUUCUCUUACCAUGUCUCUGGCACAACUGUCACUUGAAAGCCAUGUGAAAGUCCAAUUUACUAAGGGUAUGCCAGCCACGGCAAGCAGCCCCAGGUUGGUUAAGAUCUACAGAACCACAGCACAAGACUGAGCUUUUCUUUAUUCCAGACAUAAUUACUUUGAUCAGCAUGAGACCACAGAUUGGAAAAGAGAGCUUUGCAUAAGAUGUGUCCAGAAGACACAGUUUUAUUUUUGAAAAGCCCAAUUUAUGAUACAUGUUUCCUCCUUCCAUCACUCCUGCUUCUCUUCUCCCUCCCCUUCUCCUUUUUUCUCUUCUCUCCCUCUGGAAGUUUAAACAUGUGAAAAGAUAUACAAGGGGUGGUUUAGCCUUUUUAACCUUGGAUCUUUCUUUUUAAAACGUAUCCUUUGCUCAUAACCCAUUUAUACAUUGCACUGUUUCUGGGAUGUAGCAAUCAAAAAGUCAAAUGGGAAUCGCCCAGGGAGUCAAGUCCAUAGCAGAUCUUACUCUCAGAAGUGGAGAGGCCAGCCUAUGCAUCUCCACCCAGUUCUGCCCAAGAAAGGAAAUGGCAAGAUGACCAGAUGAAGAAGCCCCUCAUAUCAGGGGAAGUCAAUCUGGAGCCGUCCGGGUGUUGUUCCACUGGAUGGCAUUAAACCCUGCUGGCAUGGCCAAUAAUUGAAGAUGAUGGUUGCCCAGCAACAUUGGGAGAGCACCACAUUGGUUACCCUUACCUUAUACCUAACAUUUAUAAAACUCCCACAUCUGGCUUGCUUCUGGGUCUGAUCAACUAGUAAACCUGACCCUGUCACCUCCACCUUACUCCCAGCUGUGCAGGAGCUUGGUCUAAUGAUCAUGAUGAUGAUGGUAAUAAGAAUUUUAUUAUUUAUACCCCGCCCAUCUGGCUGGGUUGCCUAAGCCACUCUGGGUGGCUUCCAACACAUAUAAAAACAUAAUAAAAGAUCAAACAUUAAAAACUUCCUGAUACAAGGCUGCCUUCAGAUGUCUUCUAAAGGUUGUGUAGCUUUUAAUCUCCUUGACAUCUGAUGGGAGGGCAUUCCACAGGGAGGGUGCCACUACUGAGAAGGCCUUCUACCUGGUUCCCUGUAACUUCUUCUCGCAGUGAGGGAACUGAGAGAAGGCUCUCAGUGCUGGAUCUCAGUGUCCGGGCUGAACAAUGGGGGUGGAGAUGCUCCUUCAGGUAUACAGGCUGUUUAGGGCUUUAAAGGUCAGCGCCAAAACUUGAAAUGUACUUGGAAAUGUACUGCGACCCAGUGUAGAUCCUCCAGGACUGGUGUUAUAUGGUCCCAGCGGCCACUCCAAGUCACCAGUUUAGUUGCCACAUUCUGGAUUAGCUGUAGUUUCUGAGUCAACAUUAAAAGUAGCCCCACACAGAGUGCAUUGCAGUAGUCCAAGCUGGUCUGAGUGAGAAAAGGUUUUCUGUGACUUUAAAUGCUCUGCUUCUUAAGGGAUUACUGAUUCCUGCCCUACUCCAUCUCCCAGCAAUAGACUGUUAUUGAGAGCUGGCCAUUCUGUCUCACUUCCAAUAUUGCUGUUGCCCUUCCCAGCCAUGUGAAAGUUGCUGGUGUCCAGGAGAGUUGUUAAAGGUGUAACUCUAGCUACACUUACAAGGGAACAAGCUCCACUGAACACAGUGAGACUUAAUCUCAGAAACCACGCAUAAGUUUGCACUCUAAAUGCUUAUUACGUGCCAUGUUAUAUCCCCACUUAAAGAGUUUUUGAAAUUAUCCAGACUUAUCUGACCUCCAUUACUUCUCUUGUUUUAGUGCCUGUGAAGUUGGAUGAGAAACUCCUCUAUGACAAACUGAUGACUCUUCUAGAUGAAGAGAAUAGAAUUCUGGUGUCACAUGGUAAACGUCUUUCAUUCACAUAUUUGAACUGUGUUUGCUUUUUGGCUCAUUUAUGUAUAAUAAAGGACUAAGAGUUGGUUCACAACUUCCCAACCAUCAUUUAGUUUCUCUUGCUGAUGUAGGAAGAAGUUAUGGUCCUACAGAUGUUGCAGACCUUUAACUCCCACUAGUCCUGCCUGUUGACCAUGGUGGCUGGAGCUGAAGGGAGCUAAAGUCCGAAAAGAUCUGGAGGGCCACAGGCUCCCCAUCUUUACUCUGUCCAACUGCAUUUGAUACCUGAGAGGUGAAGUGUGAAUGGUCCCUGCCAAAAAGAACUGUGUGCUUGAGAUGCUCCAAAAAUUUGGUCUGUGGUGGUCCAUCUUCAACAGCAAAUGAUGUCUUGCUGUUGUAGUCAACAAGAAAUGAACAUAUGUGUGUGAGACCAAGCCCUAUGACUAGGUGAAUUUUCAUGAUUUCUACAUAGAAAUCAUUAAUGACACAUAGGUCACAAAAUAAUUGCAAGCAGGCACAUGAAUCCAUAUUUACAAGCUAUCCAACAAAUGCAUCGGGCCCCUAAACCAUACUGAAAACUUAGACAAUGUAAUGCUGCGUUAAAGCCAAAGGCCAAGCAAUUUUUUGUGUGUUUUGCCAGCCUCUUAAUUUUGCACUCUCAGACAAUUUCCUGUUUUAAAAAAUCAUAAAAUGGUAGUCAUUGCUGCCACCACUCAAAAUUAUCACUUAAUACUGAAUAUUUAAUAUUUUAUUUCUGCCCUCCAGGCAUCUGUCCUAUAUUACCAAUAUAUCCAUUUACCAAUCGUGUAUAGCACAAAAUAAUGUUCAAAGUACAAGCCUAUACAUGUGCAAUCAAAAGUAAAUUUCACUGGGUUCAGUGGAAAUUACUCCCAGGUAAGGGGCUAUGGGACAACAGUCUUAAGUGCAUAGGCAGUUACAGAGUGUAUACAUUUGGAGGAAAAUUAGUGCAGCAGACAAAACUGGUUUAUUCACGAGAACACUUGGAAUUCAAAAUAUAUCAGAUUAAAAAUCUCCAUAUCCCAUGGUGGUAGGGUUUCAGCACAGCUUUGGUACUCAGAAAUCGCUGAACAAUGUUAACUGGGCAAAAGUUAAAAUGUAUAUAAGAUGUAGAUAUUGGAGUCAGUUCUGUGUCUGAAUGUAUGGAAGGCAAAAAUGUAGAUGUGAUGUUUUCCCACAAAGGGGGGGGGCGGGAGGGAGUAGACAAAUCUAAAAACAUGGAUUUCUCUUCAUGUAACCCAUAUGAAGUAAGAUGUGAACAAACUGGUUGCUGUCAUCUUUUAGUGAUCCUAAUAUGGGAAAAUGAGCAAAAGAAUCCUCUUGAUUAUUUGUGACAAACUUCUGUAAGUAUCAGAACAAAAGUCAUGGUAUGAUUUGCAGGAGAGUAUGUAGUGUUGUAAUCCAAAAGUCCUGCAAAAUGCAAGCAUAUGCUUGUAACAGUCAGAAGAAUCAAUAUAUAUUAAUGCUGGGAGGAAACAAGACUAUUUUGUUUCAUUUCUACUUUUGCUAUUGCCCAAAAGGACUUCAAUUUUUGCCUAUUAUUUUGGUCCAAGCACAGAACCUUAAUGACCUUGCAGACAAGAAUUCUGCAUCAGCCUGCAUUUAAAGGUGAACCAAGUAAGAAAUACGAGGGUAAAGUGUGCAUAUAAAGUUAUCUAUUGAUGAAAACAGUGCUUUUUUUCCUAACAAAAUGUUUAGAGGUACUCUCAUUAUCCUACUCAUAUUGAAAUAUUGCCCCUCAAUGAGGCCAAACUUAGAUUCACAAAAUGUUUAUGGGUUUGUCUACCCCUGCGUCCCCCCCCCCCUCAAAAAAAGCACUGGGUGAAAAUAACAUACCGAAACGAAUUCUGUUAGGGGGAAUUGUAUACAAAACGGUGUAUGUUGAUGUGGAAUGCGGAGAGUCAAAUUUAAGAUUGGGAAAAAAGAGAAACUGAGAGAAACUGAAAUUGACAGAUUCACUCAUCCAUCGCUGAAAGGCAUGCUGAAACUUCAUUGUUCCACUCCACAUGUUUAUGUGCCCUUUUCUUAAGAGUCUUUGCUGGUUGCUUGGAAGUUUGAGUCAAAUGACUGUGCCAGACAUGAUACUAAUGAGUCAACGCGGCAAGGCGUUACCAUUCUUUUUGCUGCACCACUGUAUACAUCCUUAACAUUCCUACAGCGACAUUUUAGAAUCAAACUUGUUUUGUCGUGUAUUGCAGCUUGUUGGAUCUGAACAGUAUCUCAGAACUAUAAAUUGCAAGAGAGAGAAUUUCUCCCGGUAAAAAGAAUCUGCUGCAUUCUUUCUUUUUCUAGAAAAACCAGAUGAAGACACUUUAGAUUCUGCGUGGCCUGCUGGCUUUACCAAGACAAGUGGACUUUGUGAGGAAGGCGACGAGGAAGAGACUCGCCCUUACAUUGAGCAGUUUGAGAAGAGUGUUCAGGAUGAGAUUAUUCUCCUUGACAACUUUCCACGGGAACAG